AAUAGGAUCGCGGGACUCUGUUGACGUCAUAUCUGUGCACCCAACAGAGCACUCCGCUGUAGUCUGUCGGAGCAGAAAAAAAACAGAGGGCUUCGUCUGUUAUUCAUUCAAAAAUAGUUGCCUAAUCAUCCAUCAGGAAUAAUACCGUCAAAUGAGAGACAGUGUCUGUUUUAGUGGGGGGAUUAACCAUCCGAAACCGAUCGGCUCUGUCUGCGUGAAAUAGGGAAUGAACGACGAGACAGCAUCGGACAGCUGGAAGAGAAUCUCCGGGUGCUCCAGUAUUGAGCAAAUGCUGGCUGUGAAUCCCGGAAAGACGCCCAUCAGUCUGCUGCAGGAGUAUGGAACGCGGAUAGGCAAGACCCCAGUGUAUGACCUGCUGAAGGCUGAGGGACAGGCUCACCAGCCCAACUUCACGUUCCGCGUCUCCGUCGGAGAGAUCAGCUGCACCGGCCAAGGGCCCAGCAAGAAGGCAGCCAAGCACAAAGCAGCCGAGGCUGCUCUGAAGAUGCUCAAAGGAGGCCCAGGAGGUCCUGCUGGAGUUGGUGUUGGAGUUGACGGGUUUAUUGGGGUUGAAGUGUCUACUGAUGGAGAUGGUUCCCAGUCAGAAAUGAAGACCUCAGGUAGUUCUCAGCAGUCUGAAUGUAACCCUGUGGGGGCUCUGCAGGAAUUAGUGGUGCAGAAAGGAUGGCGUUUGCCAGAGUACACUGUCACUCAGGAGUCUGGUCCUGCACAUCGCAAAGAGUUCACCAUGACCUGCAGAGUCGAGAGAUUUGUGGAAAUUGGAAGUGGAACCUCCAAGAAGCUAGCCAAGAGAAACGCAGCAGCAAAGAUGUUAUCACGAAUACAUGACGUCCCAGUCGACCUGAGGACAAGCAAUGACGCUGACACAGAAGAAGACACGUUCAACAUUCACAUGGGGAACAGAGCAGAGUCAGGUAAAAAUAAAGGCUUCAGCUGCACGUGGGACUCUCUGAGAAACUCAGCAGGAGAGAAGAUCCUGCAGCUCCGUACUCAUCCUCUUGGCAUGCCCUCUGACUCCAACUUCUGCUCCCUGCUGAGCGACCUGUCUGCAGAGCAGCGCUUUGAUGUCAGCUACCUGGAUCUAGAAGAGCGCAGUCUCAGUGGCCUGUGUCAGUGUCUAGUAGAGCUUUCCACGCAGCCAAUCACAGUGUGCCACGGCUUCGCUCCGAGCAUAGACGCCGCUCGGGCUAAUGCGGCACACAAUGCACUGCAGUACCUCAAAAUCAUGGCAGGAGGGAAGUGAUGUCAUCUGCCUCUUCAAAGACUGGCCUCAACAGUGCAAGGAUACGUUUCACUUUGGACGAAGGAGGCACUUUUAUGAUGGAUUUAAAUCACAGGAAUUACCUCAAAUUAGGAAAUCAAGACUUUUUUCUGAACCCCUUGGAGCCAUUUUUGGUUUUCCUACUGUUGCCAAGAAGAUUUAGUUCCCCAAAAACUCACAAACACUGUAAUUUUUCUUCAAAGCAUUUUUGUCUUUUGUCUGCCCAACUUUCACAUGCAGCGUCUUUUCCCUAGAAUCUUAGCUUUAGAGAGCCCUUUUCAUAUAAUCUAGACAUGCUGCUCUUGCAUUGAGUCCCUGAAAAAAUGCAGACAAAUUCUGAUGCUACAAAAAGAUCAAAAAGGUUUGUAGAAAUUGGACUACGGAAUUCGUUACUUAUCGGUGCUUUGUUUAAUCCCUGUUCGGAUGGAUGAAGAAGAGACCAAAUUUGAAGCCAUGCACCAAACCGUGGAGAGAAAGAGACUCUGCUGCAUUGAUCCCUGAGGAUAAUCAAGUUAAAGACUGCCCUGUUUCCAGAUGAGCUUCUACGAGGAUGGAAAAUGUGUAUUUUUUUUUUUUUGCAUUUCCACUGUGGCCCCAAAAAUUUGAACUGUUUGUCUCCAUGACGUUCUUCAUGUUGAGUCUGAAGACAUAAUUUUUUGCCAUUUUUCCCUCUUACUUGAAAUCUCAGCUCUUAACAGCUGCAACUUAGCAUACUGUCCGUUUUUGACUAAAUUGAUUGAAUGAGGUUUGAAAAUUUGGACACAACCCCUCACUUAUCAUGUUUCUCCUCCUGAAGUUGAAAUGGAGAGAAGAAUCAGUGGACUGUGAGGGGAAAAAAAGGUUUUGAUUUGCUGUAGCAUUACGUGCAGCGUAGGCCCCUUUUAUGAACUUCUUUUGCAAAUCUGCCUUAUGUCAAGUGUUCCUUUUCUCAUAUUUACAAACACUUAGAUGAAAAAUAGUUGUACUUAGAGUUUUAAUGUUAGUAGAGUAUAGCUGAAAAUACUCUACAACAUAACAAAAACAUCUAAUAUCCCAGUUUUGCUCCUAUUUGCUCCUAAUCGUGGAAAUAACAAUGAAGUGUAACUUUCACAGUUUGACCUUUUGCCAUCGUCUUCUAUUUCACGUCUUUUAUUACACAGUCUUUACAUGAGAUGCUCCAUAAACCAAUUUCAUUGAUCAUCACAGAUCAAUUUCUGCCUCUGAUAAAACAUGUUCCUUAUUUUAUUCUUCUUAAAACUCAACCUUCAGCUUUUGAUAUCAUUGUACACCCUAGAUAAUAGUGUUUCCUCAGAUUAUGCAUCUACCUCUACUGUCUUGUUGGUAAGGAUUCACAACUGUAUUGUCAUAUCAGUGGAUUGCCUGCCUUGCCCUCAUCUGGAGUAAGUAUUUAAAAUAGUUGAACAGUUUGCACUACUUGAAUCAAUAAUGUCCUUUGCACACUGCCAGCUCACCGUGUCUCAAUAUAUCGACUCCCUCUCCCUCUGCUAUCUCCUGUUCAGUACAGUGUCUUUCAUGUCAUCUUGUUCAUCUGAUUACUGAAAACAUUGACCUAACUCCUGUUUUUUCUCUUUGUGGAAUUAAGGUGCUAAAUUCAGCACACAUGAGAACAAUGUCUCUGUUGUGGUAGAAAAUGUCUCCCAGUUUGAGAAAAUCAAUAAAGCAAAAUGUGAAACUGA